AUGUCAUCCAGUUUUGCUACAACUCUCUCUGAUGCCAAAGUAGAUGCACUGCAGAAAGUUGUUUCAAAUGGACGUGUGAAAUACCUUUGCUUCACAAAGUGCACAGACUCUGAGUCAUGGGUGAUAAAUGUAACUGAUGGAAUUGAUUUGUGGCUGUUGGAGCUUGAUGUUCAUGGAUUAGAAGCCCAGAAAGAUCUCAGUGGUAUUGAUUCGAUUGAAGCAUUUUUAAUCAGGUUCAGAAAUGGAUUUCAGUCUGGUGAAGUGACAGUAGGACGCAUAGGUACCAAAGUCACCCUUUCAGUGGGGAAAGGGGCUUCAGCCAUCGAGCUAGAUUUGUUUGAGGCUAAAGCAGCAGAGAAAAAACUGGAACUUCAGUCUGUACUUUUCAGUCUGGCAGAAUGUUGCUCAAGGCUGGAAGUCCAGUUAACAGCAGCCAGUCAACAGAUAGAAACAUUAAAAGCGCAGAAAAAUCAAGCUGGGGGUUUGAAUCCUUUCAUGGAUGCAAGUCCUAAAAAGGGGGCAGGUCAGAAUAAGGCAAAGGUGAGGAAAGUUGGUAUGAGUGUUAUCAACCCUUCCAGUAGGAGAAAGAAAGCUGCUACAGGGGUUGUGUUUGAAGGCAACUAG